GUUAGGAUACCAUCACGAAUACUCGGGAAAACACGUGGGUGCUCAGAUAUAUUUAUCAGCUGAUAACAUUUCACGAUAUAAAGUGCACGUGUUUUGUGCAGCAUUUGGCAGACGAUAUAGUCUCGCAUUUUGUUGACUGAAUCAUCUUUAUCUCAGAUUAUAUAAUAGUGUAAAAAACCCAGUGUCUGAUUAUGUAAAUGUCUUCAACAAAGCGAUCCAAACGAACAGAGACGUCAGUCAAAAGUGAAAUGUGCUUGUCGGUUUUACUCAAUUGUAAAUAACUCGAGCCUUUUUAGCACUCUGCUGUAAUCGGUAAUAAAAUGAGCCGACUUAAUAUUAGGAAAGAAUUCUAUAGAUAAGCAACUCCCGCUUGCUCAUGACAAAAAGAAUUAGUUCAGCAAAUAUUACACGAGAAUGUACGCUCAAAUAAGGUUAUACGAUACAUAAAGAAACUGACUUUGCAAGAAUGACGAACAUAUAAAACUAUCGAUUGAAACGAGUUUAAAAAGUGUUUCUGUGUAAUCAAGAAAAAAAGGGUCUUUAGUAAAAAGAUCUCUAAUAAAAAAAUGGCGAAAGUAGUGAUUAUCCCUAAAGCCGAUGAGGCGAUACCACGAGUGGAAUCUCGCAGAAACAGAAUAUACAAACAAUUUUUUGAAUGGAUAAAACAUAUAUCUGUAGAGCCGGCAAUGUGGUUCUACAUGUUGGCGUUUAUGUUCACAUCGGUCGUCGAGCAAGAUUUUUUUAGGCAUAAAGCAUGCCGAGUGGAUCACGGAUACUCGGAAGAAAUCUGUUCAAAGUUGAACGAUAAUAACAAUACGGCGAUAAAAACCGAAGUGCAGAUAACCGUCUCGGAAUUUCAUCAAUGGGACGAUAUUGCCGGACAUGUGAUGCCUAUUAUCUUAGCAAUGUUCUUUGGAAACUGGAGCGACCGGCGCGGACGUAAAUUGCCUCUCGUCCUUGGCUUGACAGGCAAAUUUAUCUACUCCUUUAUGAUCGUGAUCAAUACCGUGAUGGAUUCUUGGAAUCUGAACAUGGUGGUGUACACGGCCACCUUGCCGAUGAGUUUACUGGGCGGCGAUGUUGCAAUUUUCGCCAGCUGUUUCGCAUACAUAUCAGAUAUAUCCUCCGUAAAACAGAGAACCAUGAGAAUCACGAUUCUGGAUGUCAUUUAUCUCAGCACGAUACCAUCGGGAGUCGCGCUUGGAUCUUACGUAUUCAAUCACUUGGAUAAUUUGCCUUACACGAUUAUGUUCAUCAUAAACGCCACGUUGCUUGCGUUGGCGAUCAUAUAUUCGUUGAUGCGGCUCAAAUGGCAAACAUCACCGCGACAGCAACCGUUGCCAACCGAUACUAAUUUGCUGGUGGACUUUUUCGAUAUGAACCAUGUUGUCACAACGACGCGAACGAUGGUGAAGUCGAGGCUUAAUCAUGGUAAACUCCAUCUAUGGUUUCUCCUGCUCGCAAUGUGCCUCUAUACAUUCCAGAGAGACGAAAGAGCCAAGAUUCAAUUGUAUACUUCAUUGAUCUUCAACUGGAACGUGACAGACUACAGUAACUUCAAAACAUUCCAAUCGACUCUCUUUGUAUUAGCAAUGCUUAUCGGGGUGCCUAUAAUGAGUAAAUGGAUAGGAAUGAGGGACACGUUCAUCGUAGCAAUUGGAGCAAUAUCGCACGCAGCCGGAAGAAUAAUAUUUUUAUUAGCGAAGAAACCGGAACUAUUUUACGUAGGAGCUGCCGUUUCUGCGUUAGGCCCCGUGGUAGCACCUGUACUCAGAUCCAUGACUUCCAAACUUGUAUUUACAGAAGAGCUGGGAAAAGUAUUUGCGGUGCUCUCCGUGUGCGAUAAUGCGGUGCCGCUCUUCAGUGGUACUUUGUACUCUCAAUUAUACAAUGCCACGAUAAAAACUUCACCCAACUCCUUUUUUUGGUUGACGUUUGCCACACAAAGUGCCGUGCUUCUGCUUAUCUUAAUCAUACAAUUUUCAUCGUGGUCUAAACACGCGACUGAAAAAGAGGAUUACGUUAAUGAUGAGGCAGUGGCUCCGUCAUUAUCGAAUACUUCAGAAGUUAAUUCUUCUAGUAAUAUAACAGCGUAAUGAUAACUUAAUCUCAAGCUGCUCAAGGAACAUACAAUAAGGUGAUAAGAUAAAACGUCAGCAAUAAGUUAUGAUCUUUGAUGUGUUGGAUAUAUAUGACAAUUUCUAUCGUUUCAUUUUAUCACCUUAGAAAAUACGUACAAAAUAUUUACGAAACUCAAGGGAUUCGUUUUUUUAAAAUAUGUUUAAAUAUACUUAUUUGACGUAUCUUUACAUAUAAUUACAUUCCAAGGAAAAUAAUGCCAAAUAGUGCAGAUUUUAUAAGCCUUAUAAUUGAGCUGCAUUUUUAGUAAAGUAACUCAAUUACGUAUUAA